AUGACAUCCAAACCAUUGGAUCCAUUGGCCAUACAUUCGCCCGAACGAAGACCCCUAUCAUCACCACAACUGGUCCACAGAUGCACACACACACACACACCCACUCACUCGUCCGCACCCAUCAUGUGUCGCAUCAAUAGGUUCUCAUCGGUUGUGUUGUUGUCGUCGGUGUGUCUGUUGUGGUGGCCGUCGAUGGUGUGGACGGAACGGUUGGAUCAAUACGUUGAACACUACGAGCCGCUCGACUACCCGCCCGUCGACACCAGUCAUUUGCAUCGCCUUCACUCCGCGAGUCGUGCCAAACGCUCAACUGAUCCCAAGUCUCCAUACCAUACGGCCGAUGAGCACAAACGGCGUGACGCCGGCCCAGAGCUGCCGCCGCUGGCGGUGGAGUUCCGAUCUCACGGCCGCCACUUUCCGCUACGGUUACGGCCCGACACGGACUCUGUGUUUCAUCCGGAUCUGGUGGUGGAGGGCUCUGACGGCCGACCAGUGGCUGUGAGUCUGUCGCACAUAGUGUCGGGCGAGUUGGCCAGAGACCCCACGAGCCGUGUGUUCGGUGCGGUGCGCGACGGCCUGUUUGAAGGCCAGAUCCACACCGGGAAAGGCCAGCACUACUACGUGGAGCGAGCGCUCAAUUACAUCAAUUCUAGUGAUUAUCAAUUGAAACACAAUAAGUCACUGCCAUUUCAUUCGGUGAUCUACUCCUCAAGACAUGUCACCGACCCGUACCGGCACAAGCGGUCCGCACAGGACGGCGCCUGCGCUCUGGACGACGACACCCGCGAGUGGAUGAACACCGUCUCCAACUCGGGAGUCGACGACCAAACGGACGGCGAUUACAGCGACGGCCUGUUGUCCAGACGUAAGCGAGAGUACGGAACCAAUAAUUACGGCAACAGCGGUACAGUGCGGCCCAACUACUGGACGACGGCGUUCGAGGCUCAGGGACGCAUCGGUCCGGCCAACCGACCGGCGCAGACCACCCCUCGGGACACGCCGUUCGUACCGCAACGCCGCGCCUGCAGUCUAUACAUACAAACGGAUACAUAUCUCUGGGAUCACAUCAAGAAGAACGAGCCGUCGGACGCGAAAGCACGCGAAGAGAUCGCCUCAUUGGUGGCCCAACACAUCAAAGCCGUUAACCAUAUCUACGAGACCUCUGUGUUCAAAGACAUCUACGGCCUGAAGUUCAUUGUGCAACGGCUCAAAAUCAACGACUCGUCCGCCUGUGAUUCGGCCCACAAGCGGGAGUCCAACCAAUUCUGUUCGCCAAACAUCGAUGUCUCCAACUUCUUGAAUCUGAACUCACAAUUCAAUCACAACGACUUCUGUUUAGCCUAUAUAUUCACUUACCGUGACUUCAGCGGCGGUACACUAGGCCUGGCCUGGGUUGCCAGCACUUCAGAGAUCGCCUCAUUGGUGGCCCAACACAUCAAAGCCGUUAACCAUAUCUACGAGACCUCUGUGUUCAAAGACAUAUACGGCCUGAAGUUCAUUGUGCAACGGCUCAAAAUCAACGACUCGUCCGCCUGUGAUUCGGCCCACAAGCGGGAGUCCAACCAAUUCUGUUCGCCAAACAUCGAUGUCUCCAACUUCUUGAAUCUGAACUCACAAUUCAAUCACAACGACUUCUGUUUAGCCUAUAUAUUCACUUACCGUGACUUCAGCGGCGGUACACUAGGCCUGGCCUGGGUUGCCAGCACUUCAGGUACGGCCACAACCACUCCCCACUCACACUGUGUCCCAUAA